AAAAAAAGCGAUAACAACAAUUUCUCUCGCUCAAGCUUUGAACAAAUAAUCCGUUUUUUUUUUCCCUUUCUAUUCAAACACACAGUUUUGCAUUCUCAGAAAAUCUUUUCGGAUCUUUCUGUAUCACAGGCAACAUUGUAAUAAUUUUUUUUCUCUCUUUUUUUAAUCAUGGAAUAAUGAAAUUCAGAUUCAUCAUCUUAAAAAAAAAUUAUUUUUCCUCAUUUUUAGAGCAUUUUGUUUUUAUCAAUAAAUUCUAGGAUUAGUGUUUUAUUUUUAAAUUGUUUUAUUGAUUCAUCAAAUCGGGUUGUGGAUAAUGUAGCUGUUUUUAAAUUUAAGAAUCUUUUUUGGUCCUCAAUUUAAUAUUUUUUAAAAAUUAUAAUACCUUUAAAAUUCUACAAUGUUAAGGCAAUUCCUCAGUAAAAUUCCACGGAGUUUCGGGAAUUCGGAUUCGCCGGAGUUAACUCGGCCGAACUCAUUCAUGACAGCCGGUCUACACACUCACCGAUCCAACAGUUUCAACUCGGGCUGCGGUCGUCCCUGCGCCACGAAACGAACGUCCUCCUCCAUUUUCCCGGCGAGUGUUGUGGCAGGAAUUGAACCUUUGUUGCCGUUCAAAAACGCGCCAAAUUCAGAGAAGAUGAACCUUUUCGUGAGUAAGGUUAGCCUUUGUUGUGCGACUUUCGAUUUCAGUGACGCGACUAAAAAUUCGAUUGAAAAAGAUGUGAAGAGACAGACAUUGCUUGAGCUAUUAGAUUUCGUGGCUUCUGGAUCUAUUAGAUUUAGCGAACCUGCGAUUUUGGCCAUGUGUAGGAUGUGUUCGACGAAUCUGUUUAGGGUUUUCCCGCCAAAUUAUCGGUCUAUUACAAGUAAUAAUGGUGAAAACGAUGAUGAUGAUCCAAUAUUUUGUUCAGCUUGGCCACAUUUGCAAAUUGUGUAUGAUUUGCUGCUCAAGUUCAUCACUUCUUCGUGUCUCGAUGCUAAAGUAGCUAAAAAGUACAUAGAUCAUGCCUUUAUUUUGAGAUUGCUCGACUUGUUCGAUUCUGAGGAUCCGAGAGAACGGGAGUGUUUGAAGACUAUAUUGCAUAGGGUUUAUGGGAAGUUUAUGGUUCAUAGGCCACUUAUUCGAAAGGAUAUAAGCAAUAUAUUUUAUCGAUUCGUUUUCGAAGAGGAGAGACAUAAUGGAAUCACUGAGUUGUUGGACAUUUUCGGGAGUAUAAUCAGCGGAUUCGCUCUGCCUUUAAAGGAGGAGCAUAAGAUCUUCUUGCAGAGGGUUUUGAUUCCGCUGCACAAGCCAAAAACUUUGGGAGUUUACUUUCAACAAUUGUCUUAUUGUGUCACUCAGUUCAUUGAUAAGGACCCGAAGCUAUCUAGUACAGUGAUAAAGGGGUUAUUGAAGUACUGGCCAAUAACGAACAGCCAGAAGGAGGUGAUGUUUCUCGACGAGUUGAAGGAUAUUUUGGAAGAAAUCGACAUGGUGGAAUUCCAAAAAGUUAUGGUCCCAUUGUCUUGGCAGAUUGGUCGUUGCAUUAACAGUUUCCACUUCCAGGUGGCUGAAAGAGCACUUCUCUUUUGGAAUAAAGAACAUAUCAUAAAUAUAAUCGCACAUAACCGGCAUGUGAUUUUUCCCAUCAUACUUCCAGCCUUGGAAAAGAAUGCCCGGAACCAUUGGAAUCCAUCGGUUCUGAACUUAACUUUAAAUGUCAGGAAGAUGUUCAUGGAUAUUGAUGAUGGAUUUUUCAUGUCUUGCCUUAUUCAUUUAAAGGAAGAAGAAGCAGAGCUAAGCAAAUCCGCCGAGAAACGGAAAAAAGCAUGGGAGCGGCUAGAAAACGCAGCUAAUCACAGGCCACCAACAACUAGAAAUACUGCUGCUCUGGUAACUCAUUCGACAACCUCAAUUUCGUAAAGUGCACUGCUUUCCCGAACCUAUGUUAUUCAGGUACAAGUGUAGUAUUUGUUGGAUACGCGAUGUUCAUUUUUUACAUAUUUGGGAGAUUGUUAGAAGAUCAUAGAUUCAUAAUUCAUAUCUAAAUAUACAUUCGACACUGACACGGAUACAUUAAAAAAAAAAUGAAAAAUCAUAGCAGCAUGCAUAAUCCUGAAAUUAUUGUUACUUUUUCCUUUAUUCAUGGGAAAAACAUGCAAAUGGCUACUGUCAAUGUGCUGAUAUACAUACAUGCAUAUAUAUAUAUGUAUACGUAUGUAUACGGAUUUUUCAUUGGCGGCCAUCCUUGUAAGUUAUAUGUAUUAUU